GCUUGUGAGCGGUUUGGGAAAGAUCCAUUUUAGCUUUCCAUACUCUUCAGUCGAUCAUGACAACAUCAUUGGCCGCAUAAUAAAAACACAAAUCACCGUGAAAAUUGAAACACACGAGUCGAAGCAUCAGUUUGGAAAGGGCUCAUGAAUCUGGACUUGAUCAUGACACUGUGAAUGUGAAUGCUUGGUGCGAUACUGAAUCAUCGUAGGGAGAUAUUACCUCGAAUUUGACAUUACUACAAAUUUGGAUUACAUAGGAAAGGAAUUCUACUCUGACGGUGUUAAUAACUGACUGAUUAAUUAUGCCAGUGAAUAAAGGGAAACCUACCCCCGAUGGAGGGAGUCGAGACGCCAAACCCGGGGCGCUAGGCGCCGGUGCAGGCGGGAUGAAGGUGUCUCAUAUUGCCGAAUUUGAAUCUCUGUUCACAAUUGAAAAGGAACUUGGCAAGGGAGCUACUUCAGUUGUGCAUAAAUGUUUUGAAAAAGGAACAAAUAGACCAUUUGCAGUCAAGAAAGUCAAGAAAACUGCUGACAUGAAAGUCUUCACAACGGAAGUCAGUGUAUUGCAGAGUAUAAACCAUCCGCACAUUAUCAAGCUAGUCAACCUGUACGAGGAUGACUUCAACGUCUACCUUCAACUAGAGCUGGUGACAGGUGGUGAACUCUUUGAGAGGAUCGUGGAGCGAGGUUACUACAGCGAGAGGGAUGCAGCCAGGUGUGUCAGGGAGAUCUGCCAAGCUGUUUCGUAUCUACAUGAUCAUGACAUCGUGCACAGAGAUCUGAAGCCAGAGAACCUCCUGUACGCCGAUAUGGGCGACGAAGCACCCCUCAAACUGGCCGACUUUGGCCUUUCAAAGAUCAUCGACCAAGAUGUUUCGAUGAAGACCGUUUGCGGAACACCUGGUUACUGUGCACCGGAAGUCCUGUGUGGGAAGCCAUACUGCAAGGCAGUGGAUAUGUGGAGUGUAGGAGUGAUCACCUACAUCCUCCUGUGUGGCUUCGAACCAUUCUACGAUGACAGAGGAGAUAACUACAUCUACAAGAAGAUCAUCAGAGCAGACUAUGCCUUCAUCUCACCGUGGUGGGACGAUAUCUCCGAUAGCGCCAAGGAUUUUAUUGACAGACUUCUGGUGACGGACCCCAAGAAGAGACUAUGCGCAGAGGGCGCCCUUCAUCACCCAUGGGUCAGGGAAGAGAACAGCGCAGCCAGUACCAAGAACAUACCAUGCACAACCAUUGAGAACAUCAAGGAAUUCAAUGCCAAGAGAAAACUGAAGGCUGUAGCAGCAGCAGUGAUUGCAAUGCAGCGCCUAGGAGCCAUGGGUGAGAUCAUCCCCGCCUUCGCUGCCGCCUCCGGAGGCUCCGAAGCAACCACCAUGAAAGGAGCCGUUAUGGCGGCCGCAGCGACAGCCUCUGCAGCAGAAUAGAGGGCACCAGACCCUUCCACGAGAUGAGAUGAGAGUCCCCUUCCUUAUCCGCAUGUGUUACAGCUUCAGAAACGUUGGGUCAAACCUGUAUACAAAGAUCGUUCAAGGUGAACAAGAAAAGCUGUCUUUUAAAGCCCCACUGCACAACUUAUAGCUACUUGGGCCCUCUAUAUUGCAAAGAAUGCCUAAUCGGUGCCUGUUGGUCCCCCAUGAUCCUCUUUUUUGAUGUGAAUUGAGAGCUGAUUUGAUGAGAUAACCACCUGUCAGUGACCUUGCAGGGAAGCCUAAUCUUCCUGGCUAAAAUAGUGCAGACAGGCUUUAAGGUGAACAAGAAAAGCUGUCUUUAAGGUAAACGUAGGUUCCCUUUUAAAAAGGUUUCAGUUAGAAGCACUGUUCAAGGAAACAAAUUUACUUUUUAUUGACAGGUUUUAUUUGUCAUACAGCUCCACUUAAUACAGUUUCAUUAAUAAACACUGCUCAAUGUAAACACUAAAUGUGGUCUUUAUAAACAGAUGUUCUUUAUAUACAGGUUCACUUGUACUGGUUUCAUAGAGAAAUGCUGUUCAAGGGAAAACCAAAUUUGUGGUCUUUAAAGAAAAGUUGUUGUUUAAGAAGGUUUUACUUAUUGAGCCCUGUAGAUGUUUAUAAUGUCAUGUUGUUUCAGUGUGACCUUUCUACAGUCUGAUACAGUCAAACAUAUGACAUUUUCCUCCAAUGGUAAAAGG